AUGGAAAGCAACCGCCAUGACAUGUAUGACCGCUCCUCUUCGCUCCAUAGACCUAAUCCCUCUUCGCAAGAUCCCUUCAAAGAAAAUGACCGAGAAUCAUCAUCCGAGCCAUUCAGCCCCAUCGGGCUGCUUGGGGAAAGAUAUGAUCUCCUCAGACAGCAGAUGGAGGCCAGAUCACGAGUCACUGAACGAAACAAUAGUCCAUUCACUCGAGGGCUAUUGGGAUCUCUGGCUGAAUCCGGAGGCAGAGGUUACCGUCCUUCAUACGAUAGCUCGGGAUCAACAGGCGGAAUACAUAGAGCACCGUCAACAGCGAGCUCUUCGAAUCGACAUGGACCAAGAAGAACCCCGAGCGUAUCUUCUGUCCGAACAGACUCUAUGUAUUGUGCUCAAUCGGGUGUUACGCCGCCUCCUUUGCUGGACAUAUCGUCGGCACUUCCCCAACGACGACCAUCAUGGCGAGAUCAGAACUCCCAAGAUGUCAGGUCGCCAACUGGGCAACCACCGCUGAGUCUACCCGAGGGCUCAAGCACGCAGUGGGAAAACCGUUACCCGCCAGCGCUCAGUAGAAGCCACUCAGCUGCUGUUCGUUCAUCGAGUGGCCCUUCGGGAAGUGGAUCUGGUCUACAUGCAACGCCUGCGUCCUCAACACCGAGUCGUCGUGUUUCUACAGCUACCGCUACGCACGGCAACUGGGCCGAACCGAAGCGUCGAGGGACAUUACGGAGGUGCUAA